AUGAAGUUCAGUAAAUCCAAGCGCAAAGGGUCCAAAAAGCGAGCUUUUGGCAAUGCCAAUGAUGAAUCAGACAAUUCCGAUCAAGAGGAGAGUUUAGAGCAGUUUAUGAAGCGAAAAUCGGCCAAAAUAGCUGAAGGUUUGCCCCAGACAGAGGAAUUGAAAAGUUUAGGCAAUGAUAAUGAUCGUGGGGAUAAAAUAGCGGCAGAACGCAGAAAACGACCAGACUCUUCAAAGCUAAUUGACAAAUUCAAAGCCGCCAAAGAGCAGCGGGAUCUGGAUAAGUUGUAUCAUCAGUCGUUGAAGGCAGAAUUGGAAAACCAAAAUGACGAAUUGAGUCAGAAAUCGGAGAGUUAUAUAAGUGACAGCUAUAAAGAGAAGAAAGAAGCACUAGACCGUGUCUCAGAGGCCGCGAGACUUGAGGAGUUGGAGGAGAAUGCAGAUGCAAGCUAUUCGAGAUCGGCCGCGACCGCGCACGUGAAUCGUUUUCUGAUCCAAACGGACUCGCGCGACGAGUACAGCGCGGAAUGUUCGAAAAGUCCGGCUCGAGAAUCGAACGCGAGCAAAGAGCUCGUGUCGCUUCAGAAGGGCCCAUACCAAAAUGACGUAUACGUCGGCAAGCCGGCAGCAGCAGGUGUAGAGCGACGAGCUUCGAGCUCAGCCGGUCUGGCAAAAGCUCCAUUACAGCUGUCAGAAUUGGGCCAUAGGACAGUGAUCGCGAAAUUUCUCGCCUCCACGAAGACUUUCGAAGAACUCGAACAUCAAAAACAGCUUUAUCUAGCAAGACGGUCAAUGGAAAGUUGA